AUGAGUAUUGCUAUAACAAAAUUCUUCAAUAAAUUGAAAAAAGCAUAUAAUCUUUUUUAUUAUUCGAGUCCAUUACCAGUAUUAUCAAAUGGUGAAGCCAUGGCUUUUCAUUUUGUCAAUUUGACAAUUCUACUUAUAAGUGUAUAUUAUACUAUAUUUUAUGUUCCUAAAUUAUUAAUUCAAUCAACAGAAAAGAUUAUAUAUUAUUUGACGGGUCAACAAGUUUAUAUAUUUGGAUUAUUACAAUCGGGUUUAAAAUUAGUUAAUCAUGCUGCUACUCAUAAUAAUAACGUCACCAAUUUUUCAUUUUCUUCUUCUUCUUCUUCCGSYUCCCUUGGUUAA